AUGGACAACUCUAGUGCCACUAUCAGCGAAGAUAUCGAAACGCUGCGGCGAAAAGCUUUCCAGCAGCUCAAACCUUCUUGCAUUGCCGUCAGCCACAACAUUUUGACCUCGCGCCCAAAUGCUCAAGCAUUAACCUUAGCUUUAGCAAACCUCUACUCAAACCUCCAAUCUGUUUCAGGCCUAGAUCCAAAUGUUAUCAAUAAUUCCCUUGGGGAAUAUGUUUUCUUCCCGCUAUCUCAUGUUUUCCGUCAGCAUCAGACGCUCAACGACCGAGCCCUGGAGCUUGGACUACAGUGUCUAGAGGUGUUGAUACGAACCUGUUGGCGUUUAAACAUAGAAACUGAACUUGCAAAACAGUUUCUAGUUCUCAUUACAUUUGUUAUUGGCGGUGCUAUGCCUGGGGUAGGGACAGAGGUGAAGAAACGGAGUGAAGAGACAAACUUGGCUGGUAUGAGAUGUUUACUUGCACUGUUUGAAAGCUUAGGGAGAACCAGAAAAGGCGCUUUAGCAGAUGUGCAAUAUCUGCCUUCUGUUGGACAUACGGUAACAACGGUCUUGGGGGUGUUAUUUGAAAGCACAUCGUCGAUCGAUCUACAGAUUACAGCGUUAGAUGCUAUCGCAGCAUUGUUAUUUCGCUCUGUGGAUGAAGACGACAUUAUUGCUAGUUUUUAUCCUGGCCUAGUUUCUGGUCUGGUCAAGGUCAUAGGACUAGGGAAGACAACUAAGAGGCCUUAUCAAGCUCUCGGGGGUACAGUGAAAUUACUCACGAGGAUCAUCUGCCGAGUUCUGGGAGACAAGCAAACUUCGGGGCUUCCGUCGGAUGAAUCUGAAGUACAGUCAAUAACAGAAGGGCUAGUAGAAACACCGAAAAAGAAUGAUGAUCUCAAAGUCCAUAGAACAACGGCCUGGUUGAAAGCGACAUCAUUGAACACUAAGACAGCCCUGGAAAACGUGUUGCAUUUGCGUACACACCCGAAGCUCGAGGUGCGAAAGGCUGUUUUUGAGCUAUGUCGGGACCUUCUCGAGUCUUGCAGAAAUUCCUUGGUUGAUGCCAACGCACCUCUAGUCGAGUCAAUGAUUGUAUUUUCUGGCGAUGAAGAUGAUCAAGAUUUUGCUAGACUCGCAGAGAGCACACUCCAUAUCUCAGCAGCAUUAAAUCAUAAUAUCAAAGAAGCUAUUCAAGCCAGUUUACAUGGUUGGAUUGUCGCGCUCCCGAGGGUCAUGGGCGGUAACGACGAAGACGCAAAAACAAGAUUGAUCACACGACUUUCGGCAUCCUUCAAGCUAUUAGCAGAUAUGGGGUUAGAGACCGAUUUGUUACAGGACAUGCUAGCAGAUAAUAUUCGAAAUAGCCUUAUUGGCGCCAACCCCUCCAGUACUAGAACGGAAAUCACAUUGCAACCCAUCGACGACAAACGGAUAUCUUUGGAACUACUACUCGUGAAUAAGGAUCAUAUCGGCGGUGGAAAGGUUGCUCGCUUCCCAGACGUUGUGCUUGGGCAUCGUAGUCAAAUGGGCACAGUGACCAGUAUGAAGAGACUGCUGGCUUUGCUGGGUGGCUCCUCUGAGACUGCUCUGACACUCGCGCAGAGGCACAUACGAGAAAGUUCCCGAGGCGGAACCCCUGCCGGAACGAGAGCUACAUCGCUAUGGAUCGCAGUACAACUACUUAGAGGAUCACUGGAGGCUUCAGCAGAAGUUGAUGAAUUUUUCGACCUAGAGAUCACGUCACCCUCAGGCCUUCAGCAACGAGCAACAGAUGAAUUAUUCUCGGUUUCCCUUUCAGUUUUAGGUGAUGCGACAGAAGCUGCAACUGAAGAUAAACCUGGUUCAUUGGAUUCAAUGUUGCAAUGUCUAUCCCUGGAGUCCUUAUCCCUCAUCGCUCAAGCCCAGAAGGAAUCGUUUCGUGGAGAUUUGGUUGACGCUCUCUAUCCUGUUAUCCAUCUUCUUGGUGCAUCCUCCCGCGAGGUUCAAACCCACGCAAUAGUAGCCCUCAACAAUAUCGCGCACUUUUGUGCAUACCCAUCCGCUAAAGACAUGCUUCUCGAUAAUGUCGAUUAUAUGGUUAAUGCGGUUGCACUAAAGCUAAACACGUUCGACCUAUCACCACAAACUCCGGUCGUACUCGGGAUGAUGGUCAAGCUCGCGGGAGCCAACUUAGUGCCAUAUCUAGAUGAUAUGGUGGUUAGCAUAUUUUCUGCUCUAGAUUCAUUCCAUGGGUAUGAAGGACUUUGCGAAGCGUUAUUUGGGGUGCUCGGGGACAUUGUUGAAGAGAGCGCGAAAGCAGGAGAGUUUUCAGCGAUCACUUAUGUAGGUGAAGUGGAUAGGGGAGUGGGGAGAAAGGUAAAAGGAAGGCAUUUAUUGACUAGAGAAGAGAUGCUGGCAACCUUGAGGCACGAUGCAGAUAAAGAAAGGCCUAGGUUGGAGCCUCUAGAGGAAGCUGAAGCAGAUGGGAGUGCGCAGGGGCCGUUUCCGAGAGAGCCGUGGGGAAGUGGGAAGGAUAAUCAAAAAUUGAAGGAGCUCUCUGAUGACGACGAAAACGAAAGUAGCCGGCCAGAUGAUCAGGUCAGCAAGCCGACAAAAUCGUACGAAUUGGUCCAACGGAUCACACGUCUCAGUCAACAUUACCUUACCCACGAUUCUCCAGUCUUGCGAACGAAACUUCUCCGCCUCGUCACCACCGCAUCGCCCCUCCUUGCUGGUAAUGAAGACGAAUUUCUGCCACUGGUCAAUGACAUUUGGCCUGUCGUAAUAAAUCGCCUCUUUGAGGACGAAUCACAUGUUGUAGUCGCCGCAGCGGACGCCGUCUCCCAACUUACCGAAUGCUGCGGUGGAUUUAUGACGUCCCGGAUAAACGAAUCAUGGCCUAGUAUCAAGAGGGGCUACAUAAAGGCCUACAAAGAAUUGGAGAAAGAGAGAAGAAUCAAGAGUGGAAGCCUAGGGGUUUAUAGCCCACAUUUCAAGAAGUGGGAUGCCUUUUGUAGGCUCUUGAUUAGUGUUGCGGCGAAUGUUCCUGUAAGCGAUGAGGUUGUGGACGAAAUGUGCGAAACAGUUGGUGCGAAGAAUUUGAUCGAGAGGGACGACAUGAGAAGGGCACUGGGGGGGGUUAAUGCCGAUGCGGUUUGGCUAGAGAUAGAAAGUUGGAAGUUUGCCAAUGGCGAUUCGCUGGGUUGCAGAGACUUACCUAUAUUAGAAGGGGUAGCAUUUGUCCCUGUUGUCUUUGACAGUAGAUGCUAG